AUGGACCAAAGUAUGCCUAUGAUUUUGCCGAAGGGCAUUGUUGUUAACUCGUCAAACAUUUACAAAGAGGUUGCCGACUUUCCUCUUGUUCCUCCUGAUAAGGUUUGGGAGUAUUGGCAUGUGUACACUACAACAUAUAAGAAGCUUAAAGACCCCACGGCAUGUCGUCUCGAGAACUUUUGGUGGCACGUCUGGGGAAGUGAUCGCAGGUUCCUCAAGGGCAGUGCCUUGGCCAAACUUUACGAAGAGAUCUCGGUUGGACCGACCUGUGUGCCUCUCAAGGGACCACCGAACCGAUGGGAAGCACCUGACAUACACCCCCUAAUUAAACAAAUACUCGAAGCUGCCGAAGGUCAGGUAAGCCCACCAAUACCACAGCCUCAAGGGUCCCGCCCUUCAAAACCCACCGACUCGGCAUUAAGAACACUAUCUUCGAGUGCCUCAAAACCGCCACCAACCCACCCAAUUUUGAAAAAAGCCCGAGGUCCAUCAUCAUCAGGUCCCCGGCCAACGGCUCGCUUUGUGUCGCCCCAUGAAUCUGCUGAUGAAGAUGAGAUUCCCUCCUCAGGAAGCACAGCCGCGACGGCAUCUGAAGCACCCGUGUUUGUGGCGGUAUCUCCGAAGAAGAUGACCAUUGUACCCCCUCAAAAACUGACAUCCUUGUCUCCUAUCGCGAAUAAAAAGGCGAUACCAUCAAAGAAAUCAACGUCUGUUGCAGAACCUAUCAUUCGAGAAGCCGGGUUUGGAACAUCGGGUGGGUCGCGGAAUGCCGCUCUGCAGCGGCCCGUGCCUUUCAGUGUCCAUGACAGCGUAGGACAUGACCAACCAACGUUCGAGAAUAACAAUGGCACGGUCAACGAACGUCCUGGAAUGAGCGAAAAGGCACGUGGGAAACAACCAGCUGCAAUCGCUCGACCAGCUUCUAGGAAAGAAGUAGCAAAGGACGUGAUCGAAGAAGAGACUCGCUCGUCACCACCAAAAGAUCGACCCCGUAGUAUUCAUCGCGAGAAAGGUGUGCUCCCCCAAGCUCGUUCGCUCAUCAAUCUUUCGAGCCAUGGGUCGCGGAGGGGCUCUGCAGCUUCCUCGAGAUCGACAGUUGGGGUGGGAUCUUUAGAAAGUGGCCAGAGUCAUGAAACUCCCCCUAUAUCACGAUCUCACUCCCACGGGGGGUACGAUCAACCAAAGUUGCAGAGUAACAUUCGAGCGCCAGGUCUAUUCACAGAGGCUACUUCAUCGACAUCAAACGUUGCCGUUGCUGGCACCAUCCUUGAUCAGUCCGGAUUUGGAACCGCAUCGGAGCCUGGUGGUAUAGAUCAUACACGACCUGAACACCAUACCAUUCCCAUUGUACCACCUCAACGCUCCAUACUUGAUGCUCGCUUCACUCCAACCCCCCCUACAACAUCAGCUAGUGUGCCUCUAGGACGCACAAAAAGCCAACUAACACUCCUGCUCGAACGCGAAAAGGGACGUGGUGGUGAUCGAUCACGAUCUAAGAACUAA